AUGCCAAAGCCUGCAGUCGUCAUGGACAACGGCAGCAGCUUCACCCGGGCAGGCUUUCCAGGCCAGAAGAAGCCCACGUUUGUGCUAAGGACCGUGUCACUGCAUCCCUGCAGUGCAGGCAUGAUGUAGGAAACCCAGCGGCAUCCCACUACUGCUGAAAGCACGGUGGGCUUCACCACAGCACCCAGGACUUACCCACUCAAGCACGGCAUUAUUGAAGACUGGGAGGUGUGGAGCCACCUCUCCUUCUGUGGCCUGAAAGUCCUCCCAGAAGAACAGCCCGUGCUCAUGGCCGAAUCCCCUUCUUGCCCCUCCACCAAGAGGGAAAAGUUGGCAGAGGUGCUUUUUGAGAGCUUUGGGGUGCCAGUCCUGCACAUGGUUAACACCGGGUUCCUCUCCCUCUGUGCCUAUGGCAGAGUCACCGGUCUGGCCGUGGAGGCUGGGGCAGGAGUGUCCCAUGUCAUCUCCGUCUGCCUGGGCCAUACCUGGAGGGAGGCCACUUACCGCCUCGGGGUGGCUGGUGGCUGCCUCUCCAGCUACCUGCACAGCCUGCUGAUGGAGAGCCCCAACGACCCCUCAGUGCUGAAGGCCUUGAAGAAGACAGUGAUCCAGCUGAAGAAGCUAUGCUGCUAUGUCUCCAUGGACUGAAGAGACCUCCAUGACCAAGGUAACCAUCAUCCAGGCAGAUUUCAGGCCCCUGAUGGGCACUGGAUAACCCUGGACAAGGAGCUGUUCUGCUGCCCAGAACCGCUCUUCCAACUGAAGCUACUCCACCAAAGCUCCCCAGGGCUCCACCACUUGGCCUUGCAGAGCCUCCAGAAGGUACCUGACCAUGCCAGGAAGGACACAGUGGGUAACAUCGUGCUGUCAGGGGGCUCCUCGAUGUUUCCUGGCUUUCCCGAGAGGAUGUGCUUAGAGUUGAACACCCUGUUCCAUGGAACGGGCUGCCAGAUUCAGGUCCUGGCAAGCCCGGAGAGGGGCACAGCAGCCUGGGCAGGGGGCUCGAUGGCAGCAUCGCUCACAUCCUUCCAGCACACAUGGAUGGCAAAGGGUGAGUACCAGGAGCAUGGUGCCGAGUACGUGCACAAGAUAUUCCAGUAG